GACGCGAGCGUGCGCGUGAUGACGUUCAACGUGCUGUGUCCCGAGUACAAGCGCGCGGGGACGAAGGAAAACGACGACGCGCGCGAGUCGGCGAACGUCGAGGACGCGCUGAGACGCAACGAAAAGAUACUUGAUUUGAUAUUCGACGCGUCGCCGGACGUGCUGUGCGUGCAGGAGUUUUGGCACGCGAACGAGGCGAUGCGCGAGCUGUGGACGCGAAGGCUGCGCGAGGCGUCGUACGACGCCGCGGUGACGCCGAGGACGAGCGGAAGGUGCGAUGGGUUGCUCACGGCGGUAAAACGAGAUAGAUUGGAGGUGAAAGACGCUAGGGACGUGUUGUUUAACGAUUGCGGCGAUCGCGUGGCGCACGUGGCGCGGGUGGCGUCGAAGGCGAACGGACGCGAGACGCUGGUCGUGAACACGCACUUGUUGUUUCCGCACAAUGAAAAUUCAAGCCUGAUUCGGCUGAGAGAGGUGUUUAAGAUUUUAGAGUUCUUGCGAGAGCUUCAGCGAGAGCCGGCGAUCGGAGGGAAAAAGUUACCGAUCGUCAUCACGGGGGAUUUUAACGGGUCAAGUUCGGGUCGGGUGUAUCGCUUUUUGACGUCGCAAGGAUUCACGAACGCGUUGGACGUGUGUCAGGGCCGGGAAGGUUGCGCCACUUCGUGGGUUUCGCACUUGAAUCAUCAUGGUGAGUGCGUCGGAGUCGAUCACAUGUUUUUGCUUAACCCGUCGAAGCAAGUGCUCGAGAUCGGAGCGUCGUGGAAAGAGGCGGUUUUCGCGAUGAUGCGGGCAAAGAUCGUUCAACAAGGCAUCGUGGACGAUGUCGCGGCGUUCAAGGAGUUCGACGCAAACUCCGAUGGGUCUCUGACGAAGGAUGAGUUCAUCGAAUUCGCGAAUAAGAUAGGUUUGUGCGGCGAGAAGAGUCCGGGGCUCCUUACCGCGGAAUUGGAGGCUCUUUACGAAGCGUGCGAUAAGGAUGGCAACGGCGAAAUCGACUUUCAAGAA